UGAACCUUUGCAUAUAUUAUGCCCUCAACCUCAAUCUAAGCACAGUAGACACUGGUGGUGAACGAGAUGGGGAGCAAAUCCUGCUGCAUCUGCCCGCUAUUGAGGAUGACCUGUGCCACAGGGCCACUUUCCAAGGCUGGGUUCCUGUCACCAGAGCAGGAGGCGGCCAGAGCCUCUGAUCUAGAAGAGAGGGCACUGCGUGGAAGCCAUCGCUCCCUACAGAGCCGCCAGCGCGUCCAAAUGCAGGGAGCCAUGACCCUAGAUGCCGUCUCGCCAGGGCCUCUUGCCCUCCCAGGCCUUCUCUUUGUCGCCACCUUGCUGCUCCCGGCCCUGUUCUUCCUCCUCACCCGGCGCAUCAGGCGCCCUGGUGAACCUCCCUUGAUAAAAGGUUGGCUUCCUUAUCUUGGCAUGGCCCUGAAAUUCUGGAAGGAUCCAUUAACUUUCUUGCAAACUCUUCAAAGGCAACAUGGCGACACCUUCACUGUCUUGCUUGGGGGGAGGUAUAUAACAUUUGUUCUAGACCCCUUCCAGUACCAGUAUGUAAUGAAAAACCCCAAACAGUUAAGCUUUGAGAAGUUCAGCAGACGAUUAUCCGCAAAAGCCUUCUCUGUCAAGAAGCUGCUGACCGAUGAUGACCUUCAUGAUGACCUUCACAGAGGCUUCCUGCUUUUACAAGGCAAACCUUUGGAUGCUCUUUUGGAAACCAUGAUCCAAGAAGUAAAAGAAAUAUUCGAGUCCCAGCUGCUAAAAGCCACAGAUUGGCGUACAGAAAGAAUGUUUGCAUUCUGUAGCUCAUUGGUAUUUGAGAUCACAUUUACAACUAUAUAUGGAAAAAUUCUUGCUGAUAACCAGAAACAAAUUAUCAGCGAGAUAAGGGAUGAUUUUUUAAAAUUUGAUGACAUUUUCCCAUACUUAGUAUCUGACAUACCUAUUCAGCUUCUAAGAAAUGCAGAAUCCAUGCAGAAGAAAAUUAUAAAAUGUCUUACACCAGAAAAAGUAGCGCAGAUGCAUGGACGGUCAGAAAUUGUUCAGGAGAGGCAAGAUACGCUGAAAAAAUACUAUAGGCAUGAAGACUUUGAAAUAGGAGCACAUCAUCUUGGCCUUCUCUGGGCCUCUCUAGCAAACACCAUUCCAGCUAUGUUCUGGGCAAUGUAUUAUAUUCUUCGACAUCCAGAAGCUAUGGAAGCCCUGCGUGACGAAAUUGACAGUUUCCUACAGUCAACAGGUCAAAAGAAAGGACCUGGAAUUUCUGUCCACUUCACCAGAGAACAAUUGGACAGCUUGGUCUGCCUGGAAAGCACUAUUCUUGAGGUUCUGAGGCUGUGUUCAUACUCCAGCAUCAUCCGAGAAGUGCAAGAGGAUAUGGACUUCAGCUCGGAGACUAGGAGCUACUCGCUACGGAAAGGAGACUUUGUAGCUGUCUUCCCUCCGAUGAUACACAAUGACCCGGAAGUCUUCAAUGCUCCGAAGGAAUUUCGGUUUGAUCGCUUCAUAGAAGACGGUAAGAAGAAAACGACGUUUUUCAAAGGAGGCAAGAAGCUGAAGAGUUACAUCAUGCCGUUUGGGCUUGGAACAAGCAAAUGUCCAGGCAGAUAUUUUGCAGUGAAUGAAAUGAAGCUACUACUGAUUAUAUUUUUAACUUACUUUGAUUUAGAAAUAAUUGACAGGAAGCCUGUGGGACUAAACCACAGUCGUAUGUUUUUAGGUAUUCAGCAUCCCGAUUCUGACGUCUCGUUUAGGUACAAGGCAAAAUCAUGGAGAAGCUGAAAGUGUAGCGGAGGAGCUUUGCCGCCGAGUAAGGCUGCAUGCGCUGAGCCCCGUGAUUUGUUACAUUCCCUCAAAUGCGACCACUACUCUUGUUUGUUUGAAAAUGGCAAAUUUAUAGUUGAUUGAGAUCAAUCCAGUUUGUUUUGGGUCACAAAACCCGUCAUAAAAUAAGCAGCGUGAUGGUGUAAAAAAAAAAAAAAAAAAAAAAAAAAAAAAAAAAAAAAAAAAAAAAAAAAAAAAAAGCCAUGGCAGUCAUUUCAGGAUAAGGUAAAAUAAUGUUCUCAAGUUUGUACUUACUGUGAUUUUUAUCAUUUGUAGUGAAUGUGCUUUUCCAGUGAUAAAUUUGCCCCAGGGUGAUUUUUCUUUAAGUUCCUGAAAUCCUUUAAUAUGGUUUUAUGUACUACUGGAAAGCUGUGCCAUCAAUGGACAGUCUAACAAUUUCCAGUUUUCCAGAAGAGGGGGAAAUUAAACCCCAUGAGUUAUACUGUAUGAAAUUGUUCCCUUCAAGUAUAAUAUCAAUAAUGUCUACAUCACCAGGCUACCUUCGCAUUAAAUGAGUUUUGCAAAAGAUUAAACGUUCCAGCUUCCCUUCAAUAUUUAAUCAUCCAGAAAUGCUCUUUACAACUUGGUAUUCUACAGCUCAAUAGAACACAAUUAAAUUGUUAUGUAAGGCAGCUCAUGUUUAAGUUAGAUGUUGUUAAAUUCAAAUAUAUAGGAAAACACAAAGCCUAUUCUAUAGUCAGCAGUUACUCUAGACAUUAGUUUUGGGCUUAUUGUGGAGGUAAAUGAUGAAGGUAAAAUAGCCCUGACAGUAGUGUUGGUCUGUAGUAUAAACUGUGUUAUAUAAUACUUCAAGGAACCUAUUACCAAAUGUUUCCAUUUACAUAAAGUGAGAAAUUAGGUAGCAUUAUUUAUCCACAGCCUUUUGGACUUGAAGGUUAGUUUUUAAACUCUCAAAUUAAACUAUAUGAAAAAAAAUUUAUAUGACACCAUAGAGCCUGUAUUGAUUAGUGAAAGAUUUCUACUACCAAAUACCCCAGUGACAGACAUUUGCAAUAAAUAGUGAUAUAAAAUGUAAAUGCACGGGAUAAAUAAUUAAACCAAAUUAAUCCAUGCUAUAUUAAUUAGAAAUUCUAAUGCUUCAGAAAUUUUUUAUUGUUAUUAUAAAGGAGAUUGGUUUUAAAACAGCAUUCUAAAAUACUUAUCAUACUAGGCAAUAUAACAUCGUCGCAUUUCUUUUCUCCUCCCUAGAGCAUAGGUUCUUUGUAUGUUGUCUCCAUGAACUCUGGUUUGGCUUCAAUGAGGUGGUCUUUAUUCUCCAUCUCAUUCCUUUUUAAAAAAAAUGCAAAAUGACCAUUUAUAAUUAUAUAAAUUCACAGAAUAUGAAAGGAAGUUGUGACUCAUGAAAAAGCUGUAGAAUGAUUAAACUAGCCCACAUUAUGAA